UACCGGAAGCCCGCGAAGUCGUUCUAAGGAAGGCGCGCCCGCCCCCACGGGGGAGGGGAGACUGAGCUUCUCCCGAGGGGACCCGGCGAAGCCCUUGAGGACUCACGACUGAACUCGGGGCGACACGUGGCCUCGGGCCGGAAGCCAUGGACACCUUCAUCCGCUUCACCAACCAGACCCAGGGCCGGGACCGACUCUUCAGAGCCACUCAAUACACAUGCAUGUUGCUUAGAUACUUGUUAGAGCCUAAAGCUGGCAAAGAGAAGGUGGUACUGAAGCUCAAGAAACUGGAGACCAGUGUGAGCACUGGCCGCAAAUGGUUCAGAUUAGGCAACGUGGUACAUGCUGUGCAGGCGACCCAGGAGAGCGUUCACGCCACUGACCUGGUGCCCCGCGUGUGCCUGACGUUAGCCAACGUGAACCGUGUGCUUUAUUUCAUCUGUGAUACCGUCCUCUGGGUGAGGAGCGUAGGCCUUGCCUCCGGCAUUAACAAAGAGAAAUGGCGAAUGUGGGCUGCCCGCCACUACUACUAUUGUCUGCUGCUGAGCCUGGCCAGGGACCUGUACGAGCUCUCCCUGCAGAUGGAACAGGCUGCACGCGACAGGGCGAAGGCGGAGCAGUCACUGUCUCAGGAGCCUCUUGGGUACAGCGUGGCCGAUGAGGAAACAGAAUGGCUCCAGUCCUUCCUCCUCCUCUUGUUCCGAUCUCUGAAGAAGCAGCCUCCCUUGCUCCUGGACACAGUGAAGAACUUCUGCGAUCUCUUGAACCCCUUGGACCAGCUGGGGAUUUAUAAGUUCAAUCCUGGCAUCAUUGGACUUGGAGGUCUUGUGUCCUCCAUAGCGGGCAUCGUCGUUGUGGCGUAUCCGCAGAUGAAGCUGAGGGUGCGCUGAAGCAGUUUCAGACGGAGACCGGCGCCUGCUUGAAAGACAGCAUCUAGGGUGCGUCUGCGUGAGGCACAGACCACGUCAAGCGGCGCUUAAAGACUUGUUCGUGGGAGCAUUUAGCGACUAGUGGUGUGAGCAAAGGUGGGGCCAAGAAUGGAGAAUGGGGCACGCGAAGAUUUAUAGGUGUUUUUUAGAGGGCUGGAGUGGCUUCUGAAUUUCCGAGUAUUUUCCUUUCGUCUAACAUUUAUAGAGCAUCUUACGCUCAUAGUGGGAGCUCAUUGUUUGCCCAAUGUAUAACGAUUGAAAAAGGCCCAAACAGUUGAAACAUUAAUAUACAUCAACCUUUGGGGUGCGCGCCUCACUGCUUUUGCACAACUACCGUAGGUCUGACACCAGCCCUCUCUCAGACCUAGUAAAGACCUCUUCCUCCUCUGACCAGAUACCAAACCCCCACCCCCCACAGGGCUUCUCCCUCGAGGACCAUGUCCCACCGCUUACAGCCUUUCAUCAUAGCAGUACUGCCCUUCCUCUGUCCAGAA